GUUCAAAGUUGCUCGUUUUGUAUUAAAUAGCGAUUUUACGAUGGAUAAUAUUACGGAGCAACAUGCGUGUAUUAAAUUUUGUUUCAAAAUUGGUAAAAAUGCUACGGAAACUUUUGAAUUGAUUAAAUUGACUUUUGGAGAUGUUUCACUAAGCCGUUGUGUAACUUUUGACUGGUUUAAACGUUUUAAAGAAGGUCGGAUAUCCAUUGAAGAUGACCAUCGUCCUGGGCGUCCAUCAACAUAAAAAAUAAAUAAUACCAUUGCUCUUGUUCAAAACAAAAUUAUAUACGAUCGACGAUUAACUGUUAGAGAAAUAGCCAAUGAAGUUGGCAUAUCAAUUGGCAUUUGUCAUUCAAUUUUAUCAGAUGAAUUAGGCAUGAAAAGAGUGUCCGCAAAAUUAGUGCCAAAAUUGAUAACCGAAGAGCAAAUGGAACAUCGCAUUGAAGUGUGUUUGGACCUAAAAAAUCGGAUUUCUAAUGAUCCACGUUUUAUAAAAUCAAUUAUUAUGGGUGAUGAAACAUAGGUAUACGGAUAUGAUCCCGAAACCAAAGUUCAAUCAUCGCAAUGGAAGACCGCAAAUUCACCUCGUCCAAAAAAAUGUCGUCAGGUCCGGUCAAACGUCAAAACAAUGCUCAUUGUUUUUUUCGAUUUUUUUGGUUAAGUCCAUUAUGAGUUUGUACCUACGGGUCAGACAGUAAAUCAAAUGUUCUACAAACUAGUACUUGAGCGAUUAAGAGAGAAAGUACGCCGUAAAAGACCAGAAGUGUGGAAAUCAAAGUCGUGGUUUUUGCACCAUGACAAUGCACCAGCGCAUUCAGCACUUUCCAUACGUGAAUUUUUGGUAUCUAAAAAUAUACCAGUGAUACCUCACCCACCAUGUUUACCUGACUUAGCUCCCUGUGAUUUUUUUUUGUUUCCGAGACUAAAAAGUACCCUCAAAGGCCACAGAUUCGAAGACGUUAACGAAACUAUCCAUAACGCGAUACAAGAGAUAAAGGCUAUAACUAUGGAAGCAAUUCAAAGGUGUUUCAAAAAGUGACAAGACUGUUGGGAGCAUUUUAUUGAAGCUAAAGGACACUAUUUUGAAGGUAAUCCAUUUAAAUAGUUUGUAAGUUUUAUACAUAAUUUUUAAUAAACACCUCAUAUAUAUAUAUAUACAUAGGUAUGUUCAAAAUAACAUCGUGUAGACGUUCUCUUCGUUUUUUUUUUACAAUACCUACUUAGCUAUAUACAGUUCUGCAUUUAUACACAAAUUAAAAAAAACAACCCACGAAUCCAGUAAAAUAGUUAUAUUAUUAUUAUUCGUUCGUCUCAAUGUUUUAUUGUGGUGCUGUACAAAGCAGCUAUACAUGUAUCAUUAUGUAGCUGUGUCAUUGUCCAUAUAUUAUAGUGUCGUUUGAUAUAAAUAUUUUUGUAAUGCAUUCGAUUUUUUUUAGAUAUAAAUAAUUGAUACAGAAACUUAAUACUUACUGCCUACUUACUUAACCAUAAUGCGUGAAACAUGUGCAAUGAGCCAAUGCAAAUUGUUCACCGGCCACCAAAAAUACUAUUAGUAUAAUACCAUUUAUUCGGGUUCAAUUUCCCUGGAACAUGAACGUAAUGAUAUGUAUCAAUUUGUUAUUUACAUCCUACAGAUAUUUUAUUCGUAUAAAAAUAAUACGUGAAAUCAUACAAGGUGUUUGUAUCAGACAAGACGUUUUUCCCACUCCAUUCGACCAUCGGACCAUACAUAAUAUGGACCAGGAAAACUUACCUACUAUGUAAGUGUAAGAUAUUACAAUUAUAUAAUAUAUAAGUAAUAGAUUACGAUUGUAUCGUAAAUUCGUAAUCGCAUGCACUUUUUAGAUUAUUCCCGGGGGGGGGGGCUUUUCUCAAAUCAGUUGAUAGAAAAUAUCAAAUUUUUUUUUUUGAUUAACAUCGAAUAAUCGAUUAAAAAAAUCUAUUUGACUGCUAUUAUUUUCGAUAAAUUAUUCGGUGUUCAUUUUUAAACAUUACCUAAUCGAAUGCCAGUUAUUUAAAAAUUUAAUUUUCGAUUAUCGAAUAAUAGCCGUUUAUUUCACGUACACAAUUGUAAUUUUGUUUCGUACAUAUUUAAAUGAAAUACUAGUAGUAUAAAAUGAUCUGUAGUAGUUUUUCGAUAGAAUACGCGAUCCGAUUGAAAACGCAAAACGAUCGUUGCGAUUAGUCGGACAAAAUUUGUACGACGGAGUUAAAGCAAUUGUUGGUCUCCAUUCGUGUCCGGUAGAUGACGCGGCGGUUUUUUGUCGUUUGAGAAUGUAGCCUUGACCCUCAUUUUGAACGAUUUCACUGUCAAAUAACUGACAACAUUCAUAACAAUUUAUGAUUAAUUCACCCGUAAAAAAGACUGCUCUGUUAACGGCUCUUCUCGUUUCAUUUGCUAUAAGUUUGGCUGACUUCAAAGGUGCGAUAUUUAAAAUACAGUUUUAAAGUCCUCUCAUAAGACUAAUAUGGUUCUCCCGCUUAUAUAGUCACCCGAAAACUAUCGUUUCAAUCACUCCGGUUCCCUUUCAAUACGAAUAAAUCUUUCGCCUUUUACUAAAGAUUUCCGUGGAGGGGAGCAUACUAAGGAGUCUAGAUUAAUAAUUUUUCGAAAUGCCUGACUUCGGUCGGGCUCAGAUUACUGAAAUUAAUACACGUGCAACAACUCGUUCAAUAAUUGUCGUACACCUUUGACGGAUAGUUUAACAGCUCAUCAAUGUUGUACUAUCGUGCGAUUAUUUUCGUACAUAAACACAAUUUUGAACAAUUGUAUGAUGUACAAUAGCGAAGUUCUUAUCGUAAGCCAAAACACAAUUAUACUACUGAGAAUCGCUUAUCAAACUACAGACAAAUAAUAUUGUAUAAAAUACAUCAUCGUCCACAUUUCAUCUUUUUAUCCAUUUUGCUCAAGGUCUCACAUUUUCGCAAGAAACGUACAAUCACGGACCACGGUUAUAGAUGUGCAUAUGUUAAUAACCACGGGAGUGUCUAGUUCAUAUUAUUGCCAGAGACUUAAAAUUUGGACAGAAAACUUACCUAUAUUUUGUCUUUUCUUGGCGUGGUAAAAUUUUUGAGCAAUUUAUAAACAUUUUAAUUUUGCGAGUUUUGUAUGUAAUUUUUAUUCAGUAGGUACUCUGUAGAUAAAAUUGUUCAUGAACAUGAGGUUCAUUAAAAGUUGUACUUUGUGGUAAAAAAAAAAAAAUCAGCUGAGGUUAACCGGCUUAUCACUUUUCAAUAUUCAUCGAAAUGAAAAUAUUAAUAUAGAAAAUAUUGUUAAUCAAAACGCUGCUUAAAAUAAAAGUGUUUUGGCCUUUAGGGUUUUGUCAUCUAACUUUUAUUAAUUAUUAUUUUUGUUAUUCAUAUUAUCAUUAUUUUAAUUGUUACUUAUUUGUUAAAAAAAUUAAUUUAACUUUUAAAUUGUAUUGUUUUACUGCAUUUGUACAAUAUAUCUGCAGUAUUCUAGCUAAUAUAAGUUGAAAUGACAUCAGACAUAAAGGUUUUAAGUUUUUGUUAACCUGAAGACGAUCCUAAGCAAUACUAUUAACCGAGUUCCGUUCAGAAUUGUUUUUUAUUGGCAAUGCUUAAAUUUACUUAGGUAUAGAUGUACAUUAAAUUUCCUUCAAUAUCUUAUUUUCCCAACUUCUCAUCUAUAACAGUGGUCCAUCUACCGUGCGAAGUAUGUCCAACUUUUUUUCUUAUCAAUCAUUAAUAUUAAAUUUAACUAUUUUGCCCCCACCCCCUGCGUAGCCAAGGUCUGUAGACGACCCUGUCUAAAUCCAAACCUUUUAUUGGUGUAACCGAUUUCAAUAUUUUUAAUUUUUACGCAUUGCGUUUCUGCCUGAAAUCUUGCUUGCAUCAAAAAGUUUCAAGAGACCUGUUUUGUUGAAUUUGCCUGGUUUACUGAGAAAGUAAGUUGUUUUUCGAUAUUUCUAGUGGUUUUCGUAAUAAUUUGAAAACCCGGAAAAAGACGUAAACUAAAAAACUGACCAAUUUACUGCGUCAUGAUUUCAUUAUUUUAAAUUUAUCCGGUUUAAGUUUUUAACCAGACAUAAUGGUCCGAUCGAAAAACGACAAGAGACCUUUUUUGUUGAAUUUUUUUAUCUUAUUGCAAAAGAUGAAAAAGUGCAAAAGAAACAUGCAUUUAAAAUAUAUAUGUUUAAUAUAUGUACGAAUUAAUCUGUAUUCUGUAUUGCACGGUCUAUCGCUAUAUUUAAAAAACAAUGGUGGGGUGAGGGGGUAAAGCCUUUGUAAAAACUUGUGGUACCUGUACGGGCGACAUUAGCGUGCUGACAAAAUUACUUACUUUAUGUGAAUUUUCCCUUAACGUGGCUCUGGUUUUACAUGUUAUAAAUCCCGAUCCUUAUUGGUUUACACCUAAAAGUACGGCUAUAUUUUUAAACCUAUAUACCGUACACGAAAUCGACCAAGCGGUCACUGCAGUAGUUCACGGUUCGUUAAACUGUGGAACGUUAAACAGCGGUUGCGACAGGAACCACGGUGGACUUGUCGCGGCCGUCGAUGUUCAACACUGCGGGCGCAUUAUCGGUGCUUGGUGUGACUCAUCCGGCGUUUUUCAGUGGGAUGUAUAGUAGAGACGAAUGGCGAUCGUUUUGGAUACCGUGCUUUGAUCGUGGCUUACUCGUUAUCGUUUACGGCAAGAUAUAAUAUACGAUUUAAGUUUAACGUUUUUGCACAUUACUUAACAAUAUUAACCGACAAAAUAUCUACAUUGAUUAUAAUAUUAAUUUUGUGUGGCUUUUCGGUCUUAAUAUGACAUCAUACUUGUAUUCGUGAAAAUGGCUGUACAUCUAUACCUUAAACGGUUAUCGGAUUGUAGAUCGGUGGUAAAAGUCUUAUCAUUAAAAUGGCCGUAUUAAAAUGUAAAUGAAAAUUGAAGAAAAUUUGAAAAAUCGUCACCAACCCCCUAGGUAUGAAUAUGUAAUACCUACAUAAUACAGGAAUAUAAUUUGUGCGGAUCGAAGUCAUAAGUAAUGACUAAUGAGUAUAUUAUAUGAAUACCUACACCUAUAUAAAAUAAUUAUACUCGCGUAUAAAUCAUGCAAAAUCACGGAACUCAAUCGUGAAAUAUAUUUCUAGGAUGGUUUUAGAUUCUGAGCACAGUGAGAAAUGUAUUGGUUGUUUUGUGAUGUGUGGAUUUUGUGUUAUUAUUAUUUUUUCAUGUCUGUGAGAUACACAAUAACUUUUCUACCAGAAGUCUUACUCCGAUUUUCAAGUCCUUUUCUAAAAGAAAAUUUUGAAUAGCGCAGAUCUUUUUUUGAAUCUCAUAAUUGUCAUUCACAAAACAAUUAUAUAUAUAUAUCCUAAUAAAAUAAAAUAAUUUUAUAAAAUAAGAAUGUUAGUAGUUAAAAAAGUGACGGAGUUUCAGAUCUUUUAAAUACAAAUUUAUUAUUUACAACAGUCAUUGUAUUUUGAUAGGUUAAUCUUUAACUGACUGUGUAGCUAACAAUUAAUUAUCUACCUAUAUCCUCUAUAGGCUAUUAGUACCUAUUUGCCUUAUAAUAAUAAAUGUAAGCAUCAUAUUUUCUAAUACCUACAAGUAUACUUAUACACUAGCUAUAGCAUAUAACCUAUUUAUAUUAAAUCUGACCUAAUAAAUCCUGUGUACAAAAUGUACCUAGGGACGGGAUGUUUUUAUGAACGCAUAAAAACACCACUCACCCAGUGUAUUCAAAGGAUUUUCCGAUACCGGCGGAAAAAACGUCAACGAGAAUUAAUGGACGAAUUUUUACGUUCAAACUCGUAAAGGUUGAAUAUAAAUGAUGAUAUAUGGUAGUAGGUACCUACUUAUACUAAUAUAUUAUAUAAACACGGUCUAUUUUUCGUUUUAUAGGCCGAAGAGAGACGGUUUAUCAAAGUACUAAUACAAUAUAAUAAUAUAAUAAAUCGUAUUGCAAAGGAUUAUUGAAUAAUAACUGAAUAAUUUACGUGAUUAUAUACUUCUUAUCAGUAGAGUGUGUACAAACAAAUAUAAAUAAGGUAUAAGCACUGAUCAGAAAAUAUUAUUAAUAAUAUUAAAAUAUCCUGUUAAUAAUAAAUAAUCAAUAUAAUACUAUUGACUGCUAUUUGAUAAAUGAAAAAUGUUGCCUUUUAUAUUCCUACUCCCAUGGUCUAAAUAGUUUUGAACAGUUAUAAGUUAUAAGUUAUAAAUUACACUUAUUCUCGUCAACGGUAUAUCCGAUAUUCCGAACUUCCGAAGUAAUGUUAAGGUGCGUUUAUAAGACGACAGAAUUAUAAUAACCUCUGAAGAGUACGCUAUACACGCAAUUGUUAUUUCCGUCUUAAUAUUGUUAAAACACGCUUUCGCAGAAUACACAAAACUUGCUUAUUUAUGGUUUUCGAGUAUUAUGAAAUUGAUAGAGAUCAAUAUUCCGGAGGGCAAGACGUUUCAUCUUUUCCAUUUUCUAAUAUAUUAGUCAAUUUACCGUAUAUAAAUAACGACUUUUUCUACAUUUUUUAAUUCACUAAAACAUUUGAAAACAACUUUUUUUCAAAAAAAAAUUCAACUUAUUUUCUUCCGGAAUAUGGUUCUCUGUCAAUUUCAUAAUAAGUGCUUUUACUCUAAAACCAUAAUAACUAAACGAGUUCCGUGUAGUCUGCGUAAGCAUGUUUUUACUAUAUCCUGCGUUUGUAAGACAGAAACAGCAAAUCCAUAAUGUGUAGCGUCCUCUUAAACGAUUCUAUAUUAUAAUGAAUGAUUGAAAAAAUAACUCAAAUUUACUCAAAAAUCAUCGUAGAUAAUCGCCGGUUCGUGAUAAAACAAUCAUUUUCUACAAUUUAAUUGUACACCGCAGUAGGUACGCACUACGAUAAUAACACGUAAUAAUUUUACUAUUUUAGUGUUUACGACGCAUUAAAUCGUCGCCAUCGACAAUCAUCAUCAUCAUCAUCAUCGGGGUGACCACAAACCGUAACGACGACGGACCUCGCGUGUAUUUUCUGUGUUUUAAUGUGCCGCUAAGUAACGACGAAUGCUGCAGCGUACCGCAAUAUGCGCGAGUCCGACCGGACCGAACAAAGAGAAUCCUUUCGUUCACGGUCCGUUUGUAAUAUAUAGCUAGCGACCCAAGGCGGCCCCUAGAUUAUAACAUUAUAAUACACGAUCGAAGAAAACAUAUUAUUAUAAUAAUCCCUCCUGUUGACCACGUGCAAACGCCGUAUACAGGGUGUUUGUUCACCAAUGUCGGUGCUAUGAUUUGCGAGGCCUUGUACAAAUUAUAAUAUUUUUAAAUUUGUAUUGGGGUCCUAUAAAUGCCCGAGACCCCAGAGCCAAUCCAAAAAUUCGAGGCCUAGGACGAUUGCACUUUCUGCACACCUCUCGCACCGACACUGUUUUUAACGCAUAAUUCGUAAUCAAAAAAAACUUGUCAUGUCGGCAAGUAUUGACAUCUUUCGAAAACGCCCAUAGAAAAAAAUUGGUCUGUACAUCAAUCUCGUCAACGGGUUGAUGACAUGAAUUAAAGAACGUCAAUAUCUGCUCAAUUUAUAUUUCAAUAAAAACUAUUGAAUUUUUGGAAUUUUCAAUAUUGGUACUUAUUACAAGUUAAAAAUCAAAAUUGGUGAUUUAAUUGCCAAUCAUAUGGAUAGACGAAAACACGUUAUGUCAAAUUUUUGAGUUGUUUGUUUCUUAAAUGUCUCAAAAAAGAUCAUAAUAACGCGAUAAAAGUUAUUUCUAUGAUUAGAGUCAUAUAAUUUAUAAUGUUCCGCGUUAAAAACAUCACCCUGUACCGACAUUGUAUAAUACUAGAGCGACGGGCAUUCAAGUCGCUUGUAACAUAACUACACUAAAUAGGUACGCACAAUGACAGACCGUUCAGAAAUUUCGUAAAACCGACGUUUUAUAAGAUCAUCUGCAAACUAAACAAACGGCCAAGCGUUAAGAAAUAUGACGAAAACACGUCUAUGCGAGGCCAUUUUGAUUUUAUUGUACAGUUUACUUGUACGAAAAAGAGAUGAAUUUUUUUUUUUAAACAUCCGGCGUUAUGCAUUGAUAAUAUUUGUAAUGGUCUAUGAAUAUAUAUUUAUUAUGAAUCAUUGUUUAUCUUUAUAUAGAAUGAAUUUGAUACUUUAAACACAUAAUGCGCGUAUUUAUUUUCAUUUGUGUCUAUUUGAAUAAAAAAAAAUUUAAAACAAAUGUGUACACUAUAACAGAUACAAAGAACGGGUUUGUCGAGAGAUUGUUGUCCCCGUAGUUUUAUGACUUCUUCAGUGGUUGUCUUUUAUGAAAUUGGAUAUACUUAUACGGGUUUUUUGUGCAAAUAUAAUAAAAAAUCCUAAAAUAACAAGACACACAAGAAUCAUUUGUAGUUUUACAACCGGUAAUGGGUUGUAGGUAGGGUUAUAAGUUAUAACUGUAAAUUACAAUGUUUCCAACAUUUCAUUUUUUUUACAAAUUCUACGUUACAUGUAUUUACCCAAAAAUGUAUUUACUAUUAUUAAUCUCCACCUGGGAGGAGGCGGAGGGGGGCCCUCAUCUCCGAAAAUUAAUCUUAGUUGCGUCACAGCGUAUUUGGACAAAUAUUUUUCGUGAUUUAAAAUAAUAUUAAACCCAUAAAUAUAACACGUUCGGAUUUGUCAUUUUUGUGAAAAACGAGUAAAUAUUUUUGAGAAAGAUAUGUUAUGGUAGUUCCGUCAAAAUCUUAUAGGUGUAUCUCAAAAUUUGAAAACUAUUUAAUUUCCUGCAGUACUAUUAAAUUCAAGAAAAAAAAACAUUCAAAAUAGAAUGAACUGAAUGAAUAGCGAUAAAAUCGGAAAAAUUACGAGUGCGUGAUCAUAAAAUCAGUGUAAAAUCAGUGUGAGCUAACUUAGUGCAUUAUUGUUAAAAAUUAAAAACCAAAAACAAAUAUCUUGUAGGCAUAAAAUAUGAUUUUUUUACACGCAGAUACGAGUUUUCACGUUUCAUUAUUAUAGCCACCGUCGACAUUAAAUUUCUGAUGCAGUGCAGGUGCAAUUUAUAGGUGCAAUUUAAUAUUAUUAUUGUUAUACUCGUGGUCAGAGUCCGGAUCGAUUUACGAAAAAUCUAUGUUCAAAUCGAAAACGCGUCUCCCGUUUCGUGCGUUUACUUGGCCAUCUUUUGUGGUGUGCGUGUCCCGCCACCCUUCGUCAUAGAAUAUUAAUCCGUGUACCUAUUGCGUAUCGACGGCGAUCGCGUGUAAAUCGGCCAGGUGGUUUUUCAACACCCACUAUCACAAAUACGAAUCGAUAUUGCCGGUACGCAUUUUUCGAGCAUACGCAAAUAAUACGAAGUACAAAAAAACAAAUAUUACUUUUUCCGAAUUAUUAGAUACGUAUAAACGGCUACAAUAUUAUUAUAUUCGUUCAGUAAACUCGUAUAAUAAUACUAUUGCAAUUCGUAUAUACUAACAAGUAAAUAGCAAAACAAAAAACAAAACGAAUUGAGAAUAAUGUCCUACUUUUUCGAAGACUGAUAAAGUCUUAAAAAAUAACAAGCUAGAUUAUAGCAAAUAUCUGUAGCAGAUUCAAGUAUUAUUUAAGCUUAAAUAUUGUAUUGUAUGUAUUUAAUUUUCAAAUAAUAUUUCACUACUUUAUAUUUAUUUUUCAUUUCUUUUGUAUAGAUAAGUAAGAUGUUUUUUUCUUGGAAAAUACUUUAUUCUCAUGACGUGGUACUAGUGUACUACCAUGUGUGUAAACAUUUCAGUGGUUAAUGACCAUAGCUUUGCACAGAAGCAGAUGAUAGCUAAAUACUCGUAUUAUGAAUUUUAUAAACAACUAUGCAUCUUAUAUUUAUAAUGUGUAAGCUGGCCUAUAAUAACAUCGACGGGGAAGAAUUGUAGAAAGCUUUGAAAGUAUUAGAUAUCUCUAAGAAGUAUAUGAACCUAAUAAAAAUGUUAGGUAAAAUUGAUGUAACAGUGAAACUUUCUGCAGAGGUUUCUGUAAGGAAUAACGGAGAUGUUUGAGGUAAAGUCAGACAAGAAGAUAUUUUGACUUCUACACUAUUUAAUUUAGCAUUAGAAAAAGCAGUAAAAAAUAUAUGGGAUAACCGAACAAUAGACAUGUGAGGACGGGUAAUAUUGACACACGCUGGUCACUGAUAAUAUCGUGGCAAUAGUAGAGACAAAAGACGAUAAUUGAAGUGAUAAAUACAAUGUCUAGACUUACAAGACCAAGUAAAUUCAUAAGUUUACGUGUAAAUUUGGACAAAACUAAAUAUUUAAUGAUAGCAAGGAGAAUCCUAAACAUAGACCACAUAAUAUAACAGUAGAGAAAUAUAGAUUCGGAAAAGUGGAUAUAUUUAGGUACCUAAGUAUUAACAUAAAUAGAAGAAAUAAUACGUACGAAGUAAUUAAUGAACGGAUAGCUAAAAUCAAAACUACUCUUACGCAAUUUGAGUUAACUUAAUUUGAAUUUAAUAUGGAUUAAGCUUUGGAUAAAAUUUAUUCUCGAUUACUUUAGUUAAAAAAAUGUUUACAGUUUAUAGUAUCUAUAUAAUAAUAUACAGCCUUAUUACAAUAUUAAAUUGAUUCAUUGCAGUUGCAUUCAUUAUACUUGAUCUGUGUGUAUGUGGAGCUGGAUUUACGCCUAGGCCCGUGAGGCCCAGGUGGCGAAUUUUGGAGUGCGGUAAAUAUUGUAAUAAAUUAAAAAAAAAAAAUUAAAUAUAUAGUUUAUUUGCUUAUAUAACCGCAUUGUUUGUUUUUGUUAACUGCAUGUUUCUUAUUGUUUAUUGUUAAUUCAUUUAACUUGUUAAAACUUCGAGUUUAUAAUGAAUACUAAAAUUUUUUUUUUGAAGGGGCUGUAUAUCAAAAAAAGUCCUCGGGUGACAGCUUCUCUAAAUCCAGAUUUGUGUGUGUAUAUCUAUUAAAGGUAAAAAAACAAACGAGACAUAAUAAAAUGGAUAAAUCGCAGAAAAUAAUAAUAUUAUAUCGAUCGUAUGUGUGUAAUGAAAUAUUACAAAAUUUAUUGUGAUAUUUUUUGCUCAAUUCAAAAACUCGCCGUGUAACAAUAACUAUAUUGUAUAAUAAUUAAUAAUGUACUAUACUACGUUGUUUACUACUCGACACGUAUUAUGAUUUUAUUAUUUAUUUUAAUUUUUAUGGGAUUUCGAUUUUGUUCUACAUACUAUUGUUAUGUGCGAUUUCAGUUAGCGUGAAGCGUGUAUAAUGUCCAG